CUGACUAAUAUUUGUUUGAAGUGUUGCUUUCUGUGGAAUUAUGUGGUCAGAUUUCAAUGAUGCCUAUAAAAGGACUUUGGUCUAGGGGUGGGACUUCAAUUAUUUCUAUUUAAAGAACUGGACAUUGUGCAUUGCUAGUUUCACCUGUGCAUUGAUCGGUCUUGUAUACUCAGCUAAGGACUGUAUGAACUGGCAGAAUGACUCCAGUCCCUUACAAAAGCAUUAUCAACGGUGGACUGAAACCUGGAAAAAGCUUUACCGUCCGAGGAGAGGUCAAAUGCAACCCUCAUAGGAUAGACUUCAACCUGUGCCACAGGUUCGGCAUUGCAUUUCACUUCAAGGUCGAAUUUGAUCAGAAUAAGUUAGUGGUCAACACUUGGGAUGUUCAGUGGGGUCCAGAGGAAUAUCCUGCAGGGAUGCCAUUUAAAGCAUGCCAACCCUUUGAGAUCUACAUUUUUUGUACUGAUCACUCCUUCAACGUGAUUGUGAAUGGUGUACAAGUACACUCUUACAAGCAUCGCUUUUUGCCAUUGAAUGAAAUUGAUGUUUUUGAAGUUCUUGGAGAUGUGCAGAUAAAUCAUGUCGAUGCUUAGCAGAGAUUUCAUCUAUUUUAACAUUCAAGAUCAUCAAGUCAAUGUAGAAUGUCAUAUGUUUCUAAUGCAUUUGCUUGAUAAUUUUAUUGAUUACGUUGUCCCCUGCAUCUUGGAUUGUAUACCAGUAAACUGCAUUGACUGAUUUUGAAUA